UCCGGCGUUGUCGUAGCUCGUGUAGAAAUGAAAAAGAUAUUAUUAAACGAACCGCUGCCCAUUAAACAGAGGGCUGUUGCUGUUAAAAAUUUCGAAAGUUUAUCCGGAGUUGUUUCAAACAAUCUAGCUAAAAUGAUGAAAGUUCUGGGAUUAUUGCUUUUAUCAUUUGUUGUGAGUUGUCUAGCUCAAGAAGCCGUGGAUUGUACUAAGCCUCCACCAUUUGUGAAUCCACAUCACUGUUGCAAAGAUCCACCUCCUUCAGAAAUUGCUCAAAAGUGUUCGACCAAGCUGGGCGUGCCUCUUCGGACGGAUAAAGCACCGGACAUGGAGCACCAGCAGCCAGAUAUUGGUGCUAUUACUUGUUUUGCAGAAUGUGUCUUGACUGAAUCUAAGUAUUUGAAUGACGGGAAGCUUGAUAUGGCGGCUAUUAAAGGAGACUUGCAAAGGAAAUUUGCAACAGAUCCUGAUUACAUUUCUGUUAUGGAAGCUGCUUUCUCCAAGUGUGGAUCUGUUGCUCAACGUCAAUUAGCUGCCAUGCAGAACGCUAUGCCCCCAGGCAGCCCAAAGAGAGGAUGCAGUCCACUAUCAGGUUUGAUUCUUGGGUGUUCUUACAAAGAAUUUUUUGAGAAUUGCCCAGCCAGCAAGUGGACUUCUAACGCUGAGUGUAACGCAGUUCAAGCGUAUAUGAAAAAGUGUUCAAAAGUCUGAAUUGCUUAGAUUCUAAGAUUGUAAUAUAAAGUUCCCCCUUAUUCCGUAAUAUAUGGAAGACAUUAAAGAAUUUUUAAUUUAAGUCGA